UCUCAACCCGGUGGUCGGGAAAUGUCAAAGAGAGGCCCGUGCUGCAGCAGGGGGCGUAAAGGGGAAAAAACAACAACAGUUUAUUGCUUUAAUUUCACGUAAUUGAUUUUCCUUUCUUAUUAAGCAAGUGUCAUAUCCAAUAGCAUCAGAAACCGAAUCCUAGCUGACCAACUCUCGCAGCCGCCGUUGACAACAAUUUGCAGCCUUGAUCGUUCCCGAUUCGUAUAGCCAGCCUAACAAUCCUUGCCAAACAUGAGGGAGAAAAUACUGCUCCUGUUGAAGAUUUCCAUCAAACCUACUAGCUCUCUCUCAACCAUGACACCCAGCAGAGGACUCUGGGAUUGAUGCUGGGAUCACUCCCACUGAUGGCCUGGACUGGGUUUCAGCUUUCCUGCUGAAGCUAUGGGGAGCUGUUGGAGCUGUCUAUACAGAGACCCCAUCCAAGACAACCAUCUCACCAAAUUCAAGGUAACCAAUGUGGAUGACGAGGGGAAUGAGUUGGGCUCUGGGACCAUGGAGCUCACCGAGACCGAGCUCAUCCUGCACACGCGCAAGAGGGAUGCCAUCCGGUGGCCCUACCUGUGUCUGCGGCGCUACGGCUACGACUCCAACCUCUUCUCAUUCGAGAGUGGCCGGCGCUGCCAGACUGGACAGGGAAUCUUUGCGUUUAAAUGUACUCGUGCGGAGGAGAUCUUUAACCUCCUCCAGGAGCUGAUGCAGUGCAACAGUAUCAAUGUGGUGGAGGAGCCUAUGAUCAUGACCGGCAGCGGACACGCACGAGAGAUAGACAUGCCUCGCACCCCACAGACACCCAACACUCCAGCAUUCCCUGUCCAGGGUUUUCCCAACGGGUACCCGGGGUAUCCCAUGAGAGCUGAAUCCUCCCAGCCCUCUCUAACUGACGACCCCCACGCCCACAGCCACAUGGGCCUGGAGGACCAGGCUCACACCUAUGUGAAUACCGUUACUGUGGAUGGGGAACUCUCCAGUCGACACUGUGUACACUCCCUACCCGAGGUGCGGCCCACUUCCUUCCCCGAGUCAACCCGGGGAGCCAUGCCUGUCGUGGUCCCAGGGGGUGGGCAGACCAGCAUGCACUGUUGUCCCCUCGAGGAACAACGCAAGGAACCCCAGGUAUUCCUUCAGCCUUCCUCUCAGGAGGUCAAAUUCAUGCUGGGACCCACCCCUGCACAGCGCCACCUGCUGGAGAGAGAGAGAGAGAGGCACGGGGGCCACAAUCCACACGCCAUGCGGCCUGUAGAGGGCGCCACAGGUUCAGAGACAGAGGGGGACGAGCCUCCUCUGCACGUGUACAACUCCCACUCCUAUCACCACCCUCACUACCACCACGUGAUGCACCGGCACCCUGGCCACGAACACCAGGAGGGCUGCCAGCUCACCUAUGAGAAUAUCAACGGCCUGAGGGGGGGCCGCAGGCUGAGACUUAGCCCCAGCAGCAUGUCCCAGUCUGUGGGCUCCAGCAGCAGCAGCAGCACCACCGGAGACAGUCACUCUCACCCACAAUCACAUCCCCUCAACCCGCACGCCCAUGGCCCAUCUUCUCUGCCCCCCCAGGGGUACCCCUGUGAGCGGGGCGCGGGGAUGGGCGGUGGUCACCGGCGGACAGCUCUGCUCAACUACGAGAACCUGCCGUCACUGCCCCCGGUAUGGGAGUACCGUGCCCUGCAGAGAGACGAGGAGCAGGACGAGGAUGACGAGGAGCAGGAUGAGGAGGAGUACGAGGAAGAGGAGGAGGACUUUGACGAGUACGAGUUUUCGGAGGGUCCGGGGACGCCCAACGGGUACCACCAGGAAGGGCUGGGGAGGGGGGGGAUCCACCGUGACGCCCUGCAGAACUAUGUCAACACAGAGCAGGUCCAGGUUCAGGUCCAGCCCAGCCGGCUGCGACAUGCCUGCCCCCCUCAACCCCAGCACCUCCAGCCCUGCCACCGCCAGCCGGACCGGGGCGGCCGAAUAUUCAGCUUUGAUUUCCGUAGGCGGCCUGGAGGAGGGUUUGGUCGGGGGGAGGGCUGCGAGCACGGUCACAUGCCCCCGUCGAGGCAGCUCAACUAUAUCCAGGUGGACCUCGAUGCGGAGCCGCCGUGCCAGACCCUCGGGGGGGGUGGAGGAGGGGGAGCCCAGUCUCAGCCCCAGCCACAGCACCAGCGCCUACCACCCCUCAAAUGUGGCCCCCAGCAGGCCCCACGGCGCAGUGAGUUCUACGCUGUGAUUGACCUGAAGAAGACAGCAGCCAUGUCCAACCUGCAGAAAGCCCUCCCCCGGGACGAUGGGACAUCGAGAAAGACUCGCCACAACAGCACAGACCUGCCUCUGUAGAUGCAGUGAGGAGGAGGAGAGACGGAGAAAGAUGAAGGGCGGGAGUAGAGAGAGAGAGAGAGAGAGAGAGAAACAGGUUUGGGUGGAGCGCUUGGCUGGACAGACAGGUAUAGGCAACUCAGCAGCACACUGGACCCCUCACUCUCAUCCAGCCACCUGCCUGUUCUGUCCUGUCCUGUCUUGGCCAGCUGGAUCAUAUACAGGUACCUAAUUAGAAAAUGAACUAAAACUUAUCUGUGCAUAUUCCACUUUAUGGAGCAAGAUUGGUUUGAAGUUGCCAUAUUAUUGUGGGUCACCUUCUGACUGUGGUGAGAUGCUAUCUGAGUUAGCAGCAGAAACCUUGGUCGUGGUUGGCUGGGUUUAUGGUUAAACCCUUAAGCUACCGUUGUUUUUGGUUAUACCCUUUGGCAAUGUUCUUUUUUUUUUAAAAGCUUUGUGGUGGUUGCGUUGAGUGCCAAGUUUGGUUCAGGGUGGGAGCAGGAAUGGACGAGUCAGGUCUCCAACUUUGUGUUUGACCAGUGAUGGUUGAUUUUUAGAUGUAAGAGUAUUGCCCAUCAUAAAGUAGCUAGGUUCCUCAUUCCUUUAUCAUUCAGUGUUGUUUGAUUUAUUUUACGUCCCCGUUUACGAACAUGGGCUCCUAUUGAGUUCAGGGUUAGUUCAGUUUGUUAUUCCCUCAAUUGAAUUAUAAUAAUGUGCAUUCUUCACCUCACAAGCACUUUUUUGACCCCGUGACUGAUAGAAAGGACAGUUGAUGAUAUUUAUUUAUAACUAUCUGCCCUCAGGAAUUAGUACAGAUCAGUACAGUUUGCACAUUAUCCUUUGGAAUUGUAAUGUUACAUCCUAUCCAGUAUUAUAUUUUUAGUCCCCCCAAAAAAAGACCCCAAAGCAGAAAAAAAUGUUGAAUAGAUUUUCUCUCUUAAUCCAAUAUUAAAUAUCAUACAUUUUUCAUGUUGAAAUGAAAUCUAAAAUGGAAAUAAUAGUAACCUUGAUAGCAUGAAACAGUCAGUGUGUUGAUAGAUUUCCAACAUCCGCACACACACACACACACACGCACACACACACACACACACACACACACACACACACACACACACACACACACACACACACACACACACACACACACACACACACACACGCACGCACAACAUAACUAUUGGGACGAUUGAAUUCAUCUCUGACUGCAUAUCAUUCCACUUGAAUAGGAAUCCAUAUCUAAUUCCUAAACUAUGGUUAACUUUGCACUUUUUUACCUUUGAAGUCCCCACAGUUCCGAAUCCCUCAUCUGGAGCAACAGAAAGGUUGUGAUCUGACAAACUCCUUCGAGAUGGUGAUGUCAUCACACAGACCCAAAUAUUGUAUGGAUGUAUUUCUUUUUUUUUUCUUUUUUUUUUACAUUAUAGAGACCUAUAGCAACUUACAUUUUUUUUUAGAGAAGAAGUUGAUAACCUGUGAUAAUGGCUUAAAGAUAUUAAUAAUAACCUCAUAUAAAAAUGACCGGUUGACUAUUUUAGUAUGUAUCAGAUUGAUAACUGAGGGUUGUCAACUGAGGGUCUGUUUUAAAGGGGAAUAUAUCAGUAUGUUUAAUGUUAACUGUUUAUGGAAAGUAUUAUAUCAUUGAGCGUUUGGCUGAGGAUAUUUAUUUAUUUAUUCAUUGAGAUGUCUAUAUGGUGAUUGUUUUGCAUAAAAAUGUGACAAAACUGUUUUUCGUAAUCUAGCCAGUUGGUGAUUUGGAGACCAAAGUAUCACCAGUCAUCGUCACACUGUCUGGGACACCAUUGUAAUACCAUUGUUAUGCCUGUAAUUAAUAACCUUACAUUCUGAAGAAGAAAGACUGUAUUAAUAUAUUAAAGUGCCAAAUCUUUACUGUUACCUGUAUGAACGUAAUGAAUCAAAUCAAUGUGCCAUUAGGAUGUGUAAUAGAAAACCUGAGGGCUAGGAGGCAAGGAGUUAGCCUACAUGUCGAAAAACAAAGGGAAGAGCUUGGAGGUCUAUGGCCGUAUGUAUCAAGAGUAGGAGUGCUGAUCUCGGAUCAGGUCUCCCCUGUCCAUGUGAUCGUAUUCAUUAUGAUCGAAAAAGGCAAGAACAUUCCCACUCUGAGACUCUUGAUACAUACUGAACAGGGUCAGGGUUUAUAUAUUGUUAACCCUUUGUACUCCUCCUCAUGAAUCUGUCUAGCUGAUCCAGGUCAACUGGACAAGGAAGGGCAAGAAAGACACAUUUCACCUCAUAGGCUAGGCUAUACAUUGACAGCCAUAUCGGAGUGAGACAACGGAUUCGUUAUAUCUAUCUAGUCUUCACAACUCCAGUGGUUUUAUGCUGCUAUAAGGUAGAAGUUCAGACAGUAAGAGGAGGUAGGGAUGGUAGUGGCUAUGCAGGAUUGUUUACCAUAUUGUUUAGUAAAUGGAACUACCAUUUUCGUAUUCACUCAAGAUCACUGCAUCAGGGCUACCAGUAUGAAAAUGUGUUUUAAUUCAAAUAAGUUUUCAUUUCUCAUUUCUAUUUCUUAUUUCUCUUGGAUUGGUGUGAUCAAUCCACAUACCAAAACCUUGUUUUCAUUACAAUCUGGCUGUCUAAUCUGAAGUAAUGUGGCUGAAGGUGCAGCACAGGCCUAGCAACUGUAAUCCUCAUAACUGCUUAUUUAAUCUGAUGGAAAGAUAUACGUAGGUCUACUCACUGUUUGUGGACAUUUUUCAGACAGGGAUAUAUCCGUUUGCACACAUAUAUUUUCGUGAUACAUUUAAAGGGUGUUUACAUUUCGCAAUAAUGGUUUAAUAGAGAUGUAUUGUUGGAGAUGAGGUUUAUUCAGACCAAUGUGUGUGAGGUUCGAGGUGCGUUGUUAAUGGUUCCACAGGCCUGUUGUAUUUGAUCCCCUGUUUUUAUGUGAAUCAGCAUUGGAACUAAGACCUCUCUCAGGCCCCCUGUUGACAAUAUUAUAACUUUGUUAUUGUAUACAUGCUUAGAUUAGAACGUGGGGGAAAAAAAUGUCUGUUUCUGUUUUCUUGAUUGUCUUAUAACAGCAAAUUUGCGCUUACUCAACACCUGACUUAAUUGUGCCAUAAGUGACUGUUGCCAAGCUUUCUGGACAGCGUGUGGCUUUCGAAUGUCGAAGCCUUUUAAAGGGCCAGGUUAGGUGUCAGAAGGCAUACAGCAAACAUCUCUGUGUACUGUGUUUGCACUGAUACAGUGGUUCCGACUGUUUCUAAUGGUUUGACAGUAUCUGUAUAUUCAUUAGUCAGUCAUUGUUAUCAAUUUGGUGACACUUAAUUGUAAAGGUACACAGGAAUAGUACCUUAAAAUGUGUUCCUUAUACUAAAGUGUUGCCAGAAAUAUUGUCCAGAAAGGACUUUUUGGGAACCGUAUCUUGUCAUAUCAAUGUUGUCAUUUUGAUUUUCCUUGAAAAGCGAGAAAAUAUUAACAAUGAAGGAGUGUCCGGUAACACAUGACUUAUGUUUAAAUAAUAAACCACUUAAUUGAGGCCUAAUGUAUAGCUAAUAAGACACAAUAAAGGCCUUAUGAGCUACGUAUAUACACACUUAUAAACUACAAAUUAGUGGCUAAUAUGUGUAUCUUAAAAUAAAGUUUGACCCGAAUUUAAUUCAAACAAACAGUUUUUUACUCUUUUAUGUAAUUUCAUCACAACUGCCUGACCACCACAAGGUGGUGUUGCUUGCUACAAUGCUCGGGAUGAUGAGAAAAUAAGUAAUUUUCCUUCCACAGCCCCUCAAAAUGCCACUCUAGGUCCAAAAUGCACUUAGUUCCAUAAUAUUACCAAGGUACAAACAAAGUAGCUCAAAAUCUAAGGAAUGUUACAGUGAUUUGAUACUGUAUUUCAAAAUGUUUUUGUUUGUUUGUCCAUUUGUUUAUUUACCAUUGAAUGCAUGUGUAAUAUCCACUGGUGGGUGACGAUGAUGCAGACAGGGGUCCAUUAUUUUCAUUCAAUCACAUGCUGAGCUAACGCUCUUCUUGUCCAAUAAGACCAGAGCAAUUGAAACCUGUAUGUUAAUGGUGAUAAUAAUAUGUGUUGAUCGGUUGAUAUAAAGGUUGGGUAGGCCAAAGUAAAUGACUGUGAUGUACACUAAUAUUUGACUGAGUGCCAAAUGUGGUUUAGUACUAUGACUUUGACGACAGGCCAGGGACACACCUGGCUGAGAUCCACUAGGAGCUCUAUAGGACUCUCCCUGAGAGAUGCCAAUGACUCUCUCACCCUCUGGUCUUGGUUUAACCUGCGGUAUGAAUGUAAUAAGCAAAGAGAGACUAUAUAGACGAAGGGCAACUAUGCUUAAUGUUUCUAUCCUUGCUGGGGGAAAAAAGGUGAGUGGUCAGAAGUUUUGUCUAAAUUUAAACAUUUGCAAUCUGAGUUUCUUCUACGUAUAUUUGUAUUUCUUGUAAGUAUGUAUGUAUGUAUGUAUGUAUGUAUGUAUGUAUGUGUGUGUGUGUGUGUGUGUGUGUGUGUGUGUGUGUGUGUGUGUGUGUGUGUGUGUGUGUGUGUGUGUGUGUGUGUGUGUGUGUGUGUGUGUAUGUAUGUAUGUAUGUAUGUAUGUAUGUGUGUGUGUGUGUGUGUAUAUAUAUAUUUAUAUAUAUAUAUAUAUAGUACCAGUAAAAAGUUUGGACACACCUACUCAUUCAAGGGUUUUCCUUUUUUUGUUUUAUUUUCUACAUUGUAGAGUAAUAGUGAAGACAUUAAAAAUUGUAUCCCCCCAAAAAGUGUUAAACAAAUCAAAAUAUCUUCUUCAAUGUAGACACUUUUUGCCUUGAUGAUAGCUUUGCACACUCUUGGCAUUCUCUCAACCAUCUUCAUGAGGUAGUCACCUGGAAUUAAUUUCAAUUAACAGAUGUGUCUUGUUAAAAGUUCAUUUGUGGAAUUUCUUUCCUUCUUAAUGUGUUUGAGCCAGUCAGUUGUGUUGUGACAAGGUAGGGUGAUAUACAGAAGAUAGCCCUAUUUGGUUAAAGACCCAGUCCAUAUUAUGGUAAGAACAGCUCAAAUAAACAAAGAGAAAUGACAGUCCAUCAUUACUUUAAGACAUGAAGGUCAGUCAAUCUGGAAAAUCUCAAGAACUUUGAAAGUUUCUUCAAGUGCAGUUGCAAAAACCAUCAAGCACUAUGAUGAAACUGCCUCUCAUGUGGACCGCCACAGGAAAGGAAGACCCAGAGUUAUCUCUGCUGCAGAUCAUGAGUUUAUCAAAGAUACCAGCCUCAGAAAUUCCAUCCCAAAUAAAUGCUUCACAGAGUUCAAGUAACAGACACAUUUCAACAUUGAUUGUUCAAAGGAGAUUGUGUGAUCAAAUUGCUGUAAAGGAAACCAAUAAUAAGAAGAGAGUUGUUUGGGCUAAGAAUCAUGAGCAAUGAAAUCUGUCCUUUUGUCUGAUAAGUACAAAUUUGAGACUUUGGUUCCAAGCGCUGUGUCUUUGUGAGAGUAGGUGAAUGGAUGAUCUCUGCAUGUGUCGUUCCCACCAUGAAGCUUGGAGGAGGAGGUGUGAUGGUGUGGGGGUGCUUUGCUGGUGACACUGUCAGUGAUUUAUUUAGAAAUCAAGGCACACUUAACCAGGAUGGCUACCACAGCAUUCUGCAGCGAUACACAAUUCCAUUUGGUUUGCGCUUAGUGGGACUAUAAUUUGGUCUAACUCAUCCCAAACCAUCUCAAUUGGGUUGAGGUCGGGUGAUUGUGGAGGCCUGGUCAUCUGAUGCAACACUCCAUCACUCUCCUUCUUUGUCAAAUAGCCAUUAUACAGCCUGGAGGUGUGUUGGGUCAUUGUCCUGUUGAAGCGAUACACAAUUCCAUCUAGUUUGCUCUUAGUGGGACUAUAAUUUGUUUUUCAACAGGACAGUGACCCAACACACCUGAAGUAUAUAACAUAUAUAUGUAUAUUGAUUUGUUUAACACUGUUUUUGUUACUACAUGAUUCCAUAUGUGUUAUUUCAUAGUUUUGAUUUCUUCACUAUUAUUCUACAAUGUAGAAAAUAAUAAUAAUAAUAAUAAAGAAAAACCCUUGAAUGAGUAGGUGUGUCCACACCUUUGACGUGUACUGUGUGUGUGUGUGUGUGUGUGUGUGUGUGUGUGUGUGUGUGUGUGUGUGUGUGUGUGUGUGUGUGUGUGUGUGUGUGUGUGUGUGUGUGUGUGUGUGUGUGUGUGUGUGUGUGUGACACAGUGAAGGUCUUCUCUUAUCUUCAUUGGAGUUACUGUAACUAAGCUAUUUUUGCUACAUCUAUUGAAAUGUGGAAAGAUGAAGCUCAUAGCAUCUCAUUAUAUUUGUGGGAUAAAAAACAUUCUAUAUACCACCAUGCUGAAACAAGAUGUCCAGCAUAAUACAGGAUGUUGUCUGCACCCCUCGCUGUCCCUGUCCCACCCAUGUCCCAAUACAAAACUAAACAGGAAUGCCAUUUGGUGAAUGCUAUAAUGGUGAAUGUAUGCCAUUUGGCGAGAGUUAUGGUAUAAAACCAUUGAAGAGCGGGACUUGUAUGAAAAUAUGUAUGUGACUAAAUGUAAUGUCAACAUUAAAAUUCUACUGUAAAGAAAUGUAUUUACAUUUUUUGUAUUUUAUCCCCUUUUUUGAUCUUGUAUCAUCGCUGCAACUCCCCAACGUGCUCGGUAGGCGAAGGUCGAGUCAUGCGACCUUCGAAACAUGACCCUGACAAACCGCGCUUCUAAACACCCGCCCUUAUAAACACCCACCCGCUUAACCUGGAAGCCAUCCGCACCAAUGUGUCGGAGGAAACACUGUUCAACUGACGACCAAGGUCAGCUUGCAGGCGUCCGGCCCACCACAAGGAGUCGCUAGAGCACGAUGAGCCAAGUAAAGCCCCCCUGGCCUAACCCUCCCCUAACCUGGAUGAUGCUGGGCUAAUUGACACAGCCCGAGAACGAACCAGGGUCUGUAAAGACGCCUCUAUCUAUGUGAUACAGUGCCUUUGACCGCUGCGCCACUCGGGAGGCCCAAGAACAUUUUAUUUUGAUGACCAUUUUAAUUCAAUUUUACACUGAAUCUUUCCAUUGGACAACAUUAUCAACAGCUGCCUGUACAUGUUCAAAUUGACCUCAAAGUCAUUCCACCUCAAAAAGCACAAAAAAAUAGGAUUUUGACACCCAAAUCAAAUAUUGGUCUGAAAUGUUGUUUCUGUAGUUAGAAACAGAUUAGAUAAGCAGUCUUGCAACAUUAUUUUGUUGAAAGAUCAUUUGAGCUUAUUGAUUGCACCCAAAUUGGCAAUUUUAAUUGGUUGGAUUGGUAUAAUAUUCAGUUAAUAUAGUACCCAACAUCUUCUUAACAAUGAUUAAGACAUGAGGAUUUCAAAUCUCACACCAAGCCCACCCCAACGGCCAGUAUACCGUAUCAGUUCUCUCUGUAGUAUGAAGCUGUGGCUUGCAGUAUUGUUUAUUCAUACUAUGUAAUGUAUUCAUGGUAAAUUUGGUGAUUGUUUCUUUCCCUGUUUGGAGAAAUUAUCCAUUGAAGUUGCUUGUGGUCCCCCCCAUAAAUGAGUGUGAAAGUAUCAGGUUUUGCCCACUAGAGGCCACUGCUCCUGCUAUUGCCACACCCUGUUAUCAAUUUUUCUGCAUUUAUUAAUUGGAUCACAACGUGUCCUUUUCAGCUUUGGGUAGAAAACCAAUAGCUUUUGCUCAGGAUGAAUUGUUUUUAUUCUCAAAAUUCAAGACAGUCCUCCAUGAAAGCAAUUCAGUUUGUACUUCUCUUAGACUUGAUAUGUGUCAAGGAAAUGGCCCCUGUGUGUGUGUGGUUUAUUUCCUUUUAAAAAAGGUCUGGAUUAGUUAGUGGUGAACAAGUAAACCAUUAGGCUACAGCAGAUCUAGUUUCAAUGUUAUGUUCUCUAAGGGUCUAACUGAUCCAGACAAAAAAUAGAGAUGUCUUCUAAUAAUUUUAUUGAAACAUAACCAUGCAAUGGUUUAUAAUUUUAUAAUUGUAUUAGGGUUGUCACAUUUUAGUCAUUAGCCCAUUUAUCCAUAAAAUUGCUGGGCUUCAUAUGAUAAUUGCACCAUAGGGAUAGCCCUCUUAGUGAGCUGGCAGUUGUUGGACUAUUCAAAGAGAGUUGGGCUGAUGCAAUAGGUUGCUAAGAGAAGUAAACAUUUCAUUUAUUUCAUGGAAGACUAGCUGGACUCUGAACAGGGUGGAAAAUACACAAAAUUUGCUGAGAAUACAUUACAUAGUAUGAAUAAACAUGACUUAAUGUUGCAGCUUCAUACUUCUUGUCAAACAUAGAGAACUGAUACUGUAUACUGGCCAUUGGGUGGGCUUGGUGUGGGGUUUGUUGGGUCCGUGGGUGGCUUUUGACCGUUUAUUUGGAUCCCUCGUGUCUUAAUCAUUGUUAAGAAUAUAUUUGGUACACAUCUGAUGUUGGGUACUAUAUUUAUUGAAUGUUAUAUGAAUCCUAUAUAUUUAAAAUUGCCAAUUUGGGUUAAAUAAAUUAGCUUAAUUUCUCAGUUUAUUAAAUUGUCUUUGAAAAAAAUGACGUUGCAGGAAUGCUUAUCUACUCUGUGUCUAACUACAGGAACCAUUUCAGAACAAUCUGAGAUGGUGGGUGUCAUGGCAUGCUGAAUUGAAAUGACUCUCUCAGUACGAGUGGAUAAUUGACAUUUUAAUAGGUUAUUACUUAGUUAAUCCUGUUUUACCUUUGUUUUACGAAGAACCUGAAAUUCUACAUGAUAUUCAUUUUGAGACUGCUUUAGGCAAGUGAAAUAUUGUUUACCUCUUUACUUUGAGCAUGCACUUGGUGUCUGCCUGUGUAACACGUUUUGUGAUGUUCUGUACAGAGAGCAUGGUUUUGUAGUAAGUACUAGAGAUUUUGAUCCAGCUGUAAAUAUAUAUAUGACUUAUAUAGUUGUCGUGUUGUCUGUCUUGUUUCAUGGCGAAUGAACCAUUGUGUCAAAAAUAAAGCAGAGCUUUUAUUGUUUUUA